UUGGACUUUUGUUGACGUUUCAUGUUUUUUUCAGAUCGCACCUGGAACAGAGUCUAACUUUUCAUAUAUUUAUCUUACCGAAUAAUAAAAAAUAUGGGCAGUGAUUGGGACGAGAUCAAGCGCUUGGCAGCCGACUUCCAAAAGGCUCAGCUCACGUCAACUCUGCAGAAGCUCUCGGAGCGAAACUGCGUGGAGAUCGUAACGCUGCUGUUGGAGAAGCAAAUGCUGGAAGUAGUGUUCACCAACGAUGGUAAGGAGUACAUCACCCCAGAUCACUUGGAGCGCGAGAUCCAGGACGAGUUGUAUGUCAACGGAGGACGUGCCAAUUUGGUGGAGGUCAGCAAAACCUUGAAUGUGGAUUUGUCCCGAAUCGUAGGCUUAGCUGAGCGGAUAGCGGAGGAAAAUCCGAGCAUUCAUCUGGUAUUGGGACAGCUAAUCGACGAGGACUAUAUCAGUCACAUUGCGCAAGAGAUCAACGAAAAGCUGGCGCUUCGUGGAGAGAUCUCCAUAUCGGACUUGGCUUCCCAGUUUGAUUUACCUUCAGACUUCCUGCAGCACGACGUGGUGGAAAAGCACCUGGGCAGGAUUAUUAAGGGUCGCCAAGAUAGCACCAAUCCGCGAGUAUUCUUCACCCAGGCCUAUAUCCAACGUUGCAAGGCGAAGAUUCGUGGAGCUCUGACUGCUAUUACCAGACCCACAAAUGUGGCUGUUAUCCUGCAGCAGAUAGGAGUGCAGGAGAAGAUCUUCCACUCUCUGCUGGACGAGAUCGCGCCAGCCGGUCAGGUGACCUCAAAAUUGGCAAACUCCCAGUAUGUACCACAUAUCUAUGCAAAGACGCAGGCCGACUGGGUCAACUCAUUCUACAAACAGAAUAGUUUCCUCGAGUACGACGCCAUUCAAAAACUGGGUAUUUCGGAUGCCAAGUCAUACAUCCGCAAGCAGUUCCCCAGCGAAGAGUUCUUCUUCCUUAAGCGCGUGGCCCUUGGCGCCCGACUUGUGGAGCUCACAGUGGUCACUGCGCUAAAUGAGUGCAGUGCCACCAAGCAGUAUCUGGACCUUACCACAAUCCUGCCUUCGAAUCUGUCGUCAGAGGACAUCGAGGAGGUUUUCAGCGCCAUAAUGGCCCAAAAGCAAAGCAAUCCCAGCAAUUUUGUGUACCUGGAUAGCAUCGUAUUCUCGCAACCGUAUCUCGCUCAGCUGGUUCAGCCCUGUCAAGCGUUGGCAGAGUCCCAUGCAAAGGCUGCCAUCGACAGCGGGGUCUACCAGCAGUUCAUUGUGGAAAAGACACUGGCCCAGAAGGGAAACGUUUCGACCCAAGAGUUUGAGGACGAUGGCAAGGUGGACAAACGCGAUGAGCGAAGGAAAAAGGCGUCAUCUGGUAAAGCAGGCGGCGGAGCACAGGGACGUGAGACCAAAACAAAGUCUACAAAGAAGCACCAACGAGGCAAGGCAGCAGUUCAAAACGACAGUGAUGAUGAGGACGAUGUGCAGCAGGGCUCUAGAGGAGGUGGUGGCGGGAACAAGAAGGCAGUUAAGCCAUUGGAAUUGGUCAAGUCUGCAGACAUUGUUAAACUUAUCAAUUCCAGUCUGGAGGAGGAGGGAUUGGAGCAUUUGUCAAAACCUAUUGCUGCUUUAUAUACGAGCCAAUUUAAUCAGACGGCUUUGGCACGUGCACAGGAGUUGUUUGAGGCUACACCGCAAACAAAUCGUCGCCAGACGCAUGCAGCUAUCCAGGAUCGCAUUAAUACUCUACUGAUAGACAUACGGCUUUACGAGAAGGGCUUAAAGCUCUUUCCCCAGGACACACAGACGCAGUUGAUUAAAUACCUGCUUAAAUCUUUGGGUAAUGAUAUCUGCAACGAACUUUCAUUGUACGUGGCCAGUGAAUGCAAUUUGACUGUGAAAAACACCAACCUGAAUGUAGAUCAGCGAAAUAAGUUGGCUCAGGAAUGCGAUGCGCAGUACCGCGCUGCCUUACUAGAACAAAACAAGGCCCUUAACAAGACUAUUGACGAAUUUGAAUUAGCCACGGAAGCAGUGUUAAAGACUUGUAGUAUGAUCAUCAAGAAGGUGGACAAGAAGAAGGAUCGCUUGCUGAUUGCAGACCACAAGAAGAAGCUGCAAGAGCAGUUGCUCGAGUGUCAGGACCCGGCGUUACUGCUGCAUCUGGCUGCACUGAUUCUGUUUACCACAAUCAGUGGUUGCAUUUUGCACGCGUCCGGAAAGUUUGUUUCUGCCAUUUUGCAGCAUAUUCGAGCCUCACUCAAUGAGCCACAAAAUGCUUUGCUUCUCCAAUAUCACGAUUUAGUCCUACAAGUUUUGCAAGCAGCGCCGGACAGCAGCGAUUCAAAGAUUGCUCACGAACAACUACAAGCCAUGCAGUCACAGGUCGUCGAACUGGCGCAGAAUUUCGCACGCUCCUCUGUUUCUAAGGCUGAUUAAGGAGGCAAUGUGAUUCCCUUAAGCUUAAAAUGGUACUGGUCCGCAGUGGAUUUUUAAUUGUUAAAUUUUCAUAGUUUAUAAAUCGUUUUUAUUAUUGCUAUGCAUGCGAGUCGCCUAAAUACAAUCAGAUACAAAACGA